GUGACCAUGGCGAGCGAGGCGUUGCCAAGUGGAAGUGACGUCACGGCGCUAGUUCGUGUUCACCACAGGAGAUACGAAUACGAGGCCUGUGACAAGCUCCUGCGACGGGGGUCCGCUGUUAAAAUCCACCUCCAUCUUGCUUAUCCUUGGGGAUAACGAUGACCAAACCGACAAGAGCAUAAUCUACAGACUCUAAGCUUUCGCCUGAUCACAAUAUUGUGAUAUUUCGGACUUAAAUAUAUUAGAAAAGGAAUGGUGAAAAGUGAACUCCGUCGGAAGAAUCCGAAUUCUCCUCAGGGAUUCGGGGGGGUGGGGGUCGCAUAAAGAUAUAUAGGAUCGCAACAGUUAAACAACGCGGAAAAAAUUUAAGAUAAACACGAAUUUAAAGGCCGACAGUAUCUGGUUUUAUAGAAAUUAGCUGAAAUACAAUCAAGGGACUCGUUCGAGAGACACCAAUAAACACAGCGAUGGAGCUACGAGUUGGAAACAGAUACAGACUGGGUAGAAAAAUUGGAAGUGGAUCAUUUGGAGACAUUUAUCUGGGCACAGACAUUUCAGUUGGAGAGGAAGUGGCCAUCAAACUGGAAUGUGUGAAGACAAAGCACCCGCAGCUCCACAUUGAGAGCAAGAUAUACAAGAUGAUGCAGGGUGGAGUUGGCAUUCCUACUAUAAAGUGGUGUGGUGCAGAAGGAGAUUAUAACGUGAUGGUGAUGGAGUUGCUCGGCCCCAGUCUGGAGGAUCUCUUCAAUUUCUGCUCCAGGAAGUUCAGCCUGAAGACUGUCCUGCUGUUGGCUGAUCAGAUGAUUAGCCGCAUUGAGUACAUCCACUCCAAGAACUUCAUUCACAGAGAUGUGAAGCCUGAUAACUUUCUGAUGGGCUUGGGAAAGAAAGGCAACCUGGUCUACAUCAUUGACUUUGGUCUGGCCAAGAAAUACCGUGAUGCACGAACACACCAGCACAUUCCCUAUCGUGAGAACAAGAACCUGACGGGCACUGCGCGUUACGCAUCCAUCAACACACAUCUUGGCAUUGAGCAGUCUCGGCGGGAUGACCUGGAGUCUCUCGGUUAUGUGCUGAUGUACUUCAACUUGGGCUCGCUGCCUUGGCAAGGACUGAAAGCCGCCACCAAGAGACAGAAGUAUGAGCGUAUCAGUGAAAAGAAGAUGUCCACCCCCAUUGAAGUUCUCUGCAAGGGCUACCCAUCUGAAUUUGCUACGUACCUCAACUUUUGCCGAUCACUGCGAUUUGAUGACAAGCCAGACUAUUCGUACUUGAGGCAACUCUUCAGGAAUCUGUUCCACAGACAGGGCUUUUCCUAUGACUACGUGUUUGACUGGAACAUGCUCAAAUUUGUAACUAAAUUUAACCUUCCAGCAGAGGAGGUGAAACUGGAGAGGAGAGAGCGAGACGAGCGGAUGAGGCACAGCAGGAAUCCUGCAGCUCGAGGGAUCCCAGCAGCCUCAGGCAGACCCCGCCCCACACAGGACGGAGCUCCUCCCACACCCCUCACCCCCACCUCUCACACAGCAAACACAUCUUCACCGAGACCGGUCACUGGCAUGGAGCGCGAACGGAAGGUCAGCAUGCGGCUUCAUCGUGGCGCCCCAGUGAACGUGUCGUCCUCAGACCUGACAGGGCGACAAGACACCUCCCGCAUGUCCACAUCACAGAAUAGCAUUCCCUUCGAUCACCACGGCAAGUAGUUGAUCGUCACAUCCUUGUGUGAAGGCAGGUGCACCAGAUUGUCUCCAUGUCCCAGAAGCCUCCACUUUGCAAUAUGGAGCACGAUGGGCAACCUAACUACACACAGCUGAUUGACCACUCUCCACCAUCAGCUAAUAGAUAGGGCGUCAGUCUCUUUCUUCUAUUGACCAAACCAAAAUGGUGUAGAACCAACCUGACCUCUUUGCUUACAGGCUCUCUCUACUCUUCUUCUUAUCUAAUUUUCUCAUAUUUUCUCCCCCACUCUCUUUAAAUGUUCUCGUGGACAUGAGAGCUACAGCCUGUUGCGAAUUCACACCAGUGGGUUGACCAAUCAGAGACUGGAUCAGCCAGCCACACCAUUGUCAUCUCCUGCUUCCUUCCUUCCUUCCUUCCUUCACAGUUCCACUCUUACACAUUCAGUGCUGCACAACUUUCUCUGGUUCAGGCUCCUCGCGAUUGAGGCUAAUGUAUCGUCUGUGUGGUUUAAAUGGGUCU